AUGUCCUUCUCCCAUUUCUUCACUCUCUCUCCCUCACCCACAGCUCUGCCAAGUUGCUAACGUCCACCAUGGGUGCAUUACACCUCCUCGUCUUGGCUCUCUCCACGCUCGCCGUUUCCGUCAGAGCUCACAAUAUUACCGAUAUGCUCUCUCCCUUCCCGGAGUACAGCCUCUACAACAGCUACCUCAGCCAAACUAAGCUUGCCGACGAGAUCAACAGUCGCCAAACACUCACCUGCCUUGUCCUCAACAAUGCCGCUAUGUCUGCGCUGGCCGGGAAACACCCCCUCUCCGUCAUCAAAAAGGCUCUCAUGCUCCUCGUGGUUUUGGACUACUACGACGGCAAAAAGCUCCACGAAAUCUCCGAUGGCACCACUCUUUCCACCACUCUCUACCAAACCACCGGUAAUGCUCCUGGUAAUCUUGGUUUUGUAAACAUUACAGAUCUGAAAGGUGGCAAGGUCGGUUUCGGCUCGGCGGCUCCCGGCUCCAAGCUUGACUCGAGUUACACGAAGAGUGUUAAGCAGAUCCCGUACAAUAUCUCGGUUCUUGAGAUCAGCGCGCCGAUCAUUGCGCCGGGGCUUCUGACGGCUCCGGCUCCGUCGGCUUCUGAUGUGAACAUUACGGGUUUGCUUGAGAAAGCUGGAUGCAAGACGUUUGCGUCGUUGCUUGUGUCGACUGGUGUGAUCAAGAUCUAUGAGUCAGCGGUGGAGAAAGGUUUAACUGUUUUCGCGCCUAAUGAUGAGGCUUUCAAAGCUGAUGGUGUGCCUGAUCUGACCAAGCUCACCAAUGCUGAGCUGGUGACGCUUUUGCAGUAUCAUGCUGUCGCUGCAUACAGUCCGAUAGGGUCGUUGAAGACUAGCAAAGAUCCGAUCAGCACGCUUGCAACUAGCGGCGCAGGGAAGUACGAUCUGACAGUGUCCACCGCCGGAGAUUCCGUUACCCUGAAGACCGGCGUGGACUCGUCCAGAGUAGCCGACACCGUGCUUGACGCUACGCCACUCUGCCUCUUCACCGUUGACAACUUACUCCUCCCGACCGAGUUGUUCGGAAAAUCUCCAUCUCCGGCACCUGCACCGGAACCAGUGUCAUCCCCCUCCCCAACUCCAGCGGUCUCUCCAAGCCCGUCACCAGCUGCCGAAGCACCUACACCCGUCUCCUCCCCUCCAGCUCCACCGAUGGAGUCGCCGGAAGGCUCUCCGUCAGAUGCCCCUGCUGAAUCAGAAAACAGCACGACGGACAAAUCGGCCGUCGACGUCACCGCUCCGGCAGUGUUGAAACUACUCGCCACGGUCAUUUUCACGGUUCUGUUGUCCUGAAUAGUAAUUUCCUUGGAUUGUUAAUUUAUUUCACUUUAUUUUUCCACGGUUUUCCCUUUUUCUUACUUUCAGCUUGGGUAGAGAGUUUUUUGUUCUUUUGUUUUUAAUUUAUUUUCAACAAUAUUUAUGGUUGGGGUGGGGUGCAGCGAUGAAGCUGCGCAUUUUAGCAGCACAGGGCAGUGGAAAUGAUAGUGAGGACAGUGGACACAGGGGUUGUUGAUUGUAUUUGUUCAGCUUUUUUUCUAUGAGAAACAUGUUGUUAUUA